AACAACCGUUUUCUUUACUGGGAGAAGCCGAGAUUCAUCUUGGAAGUAGACUGUGUAUCAUGAUAAAAAUGUGCUUUUUAAUACUUAUUUUAACGGGUCAUUAAUGUGCCCAAACGGGGUCUAUGAGAAUGAAAACCCGGGAUUCACCUCCGUCGCCGCCACCGGUUCACCUCCACGUACUGGAGACUACACCUAUACAUGUUCACAUGAGGAGGAGUCCCAGCAAAACCCCACAGAGUCGGGAAAAAGGUGCCCAGGUGAAGGGCGACGGAGGUAGACCAAAGGUCCGGAAGCCGUGGAUUCCUCCGGGAAGGCUGUCCUGCAGAAGAGAUGUGGACUCCCACAAGUGCCAGACGAGCCGAGUGCGGCAUCAGACAGAAAAUGGGAUCAGACAUCAGAACGAAGCAGAGGAGCAGGAGGAAGAGCUGGAUGCAGUGUCCAAGGACCUCAGCAUCCUACUUAGAGAGCAAGAGAGCUUUCGCCGUUUGAGGAAGUCAGAUUCUCGCGGUCAACACAGAGGGGCAGAUGUGCUCCUGAGAGCCCUCGUUGAAGCAGAAAUUGACGGCGUAGCUGUAGCCAGUCAGCUGACAGCUUUGAAGGAAACUAUGGACAGCUUUGCCAAGGACAAGACGCCAUCAAAACUGCACGCAGCUUCUCUGGAACGGCAGCAGAAGUUGUUGUUGGAAAAGAUCGAGAUGUUUGAUAACACACACCACGGCCUCCGACAGCUCCUCAGAGAGUGGAGUGAACAUGAGCGGGAAUCACUGGUGAGGUCAGAACAGACAGACACCCUGAGAAAGAGACUGGCCGACAGUGAAGCAGACAACAUGCGCCUUCUGGCCAAACUCACCCACAAGGAGAAAGAGGCCUCAAAGCUUGCAGAGCAUUUGGACUUUGAAAAGGACAAUGUGAAGACAACCGAGGAGCUUUCAAGAAUCCUGGAGUCAACUCGCAGCCACCUGGAGUCUCAGCUGAGCCGAGCAGAGGCAGAAAAGACCCGACUGGCCGCUCAGAUUCAGAGGAUGCAUCAGAGCCAGGAGCAGCAGCAGAAGGAGCUCCAGGUGCUUCAGGAGGAGCUGCAAACUCUUAGGGAGCAGAGGGAGGCCGAGGAGAGAAGUCUGGCCCUGCUCACCGAGCAGGGAGAGCGAGCCGAGGAGGCCGCCAGGCGGCUCGCGGACAAACUUCAGGAAAAGGAGUCCCAGCUGGCUCAGGCUCUCUCUACAUCCAGUGACUGGUGCCUCCGUCAUUCCAAGGAGGCAGCGGCUAAAGGACAGCUAGAACAGGAAAUCUCUGCUCUCAAACAUCAGGUGAUCGAGCUGCACGCUCAGCUUCAGUCAGCGGAGGAGAAGAGUCGGACAGAGAGGGAGGAGCUCCGGGAUCAGCUGCAUCAUCUCAGUGCCGAAAACGCCUCCACCAAGCUGCACAAUCAAAGUCUCAAGAGUCAGCUGACGUCUUCUGAGGAGACACAGCGAGGGCUUCAGUCUGAAGCUCGUCAGCUGAAAGCGUCGAUCAGGAAGUAUGAAAACCUGGUGGAGAAGUACAAGAAGAAGGUCCAGCAGGCUCGCCUGGAGUCCGAGGAGUACUGCCUGAAGCUGGAGGCGGUGCAGAAGGAGGCGCUAGACGUGCACGUCAGCCUGGACAGGGAGAAGGAGCAGGUGAGGCGGGAGCUGCUGGGGCGGCUCAGAGAGCUCGAGACUCUACCGGACAGAUUGAGGAAGACCGAGCAGCAGCUCCGAGAAGCCCAGCAGGAGGCUGACGCACGCGAGAGGAGGAACAUGGAGAAUAACUCCGCCCUCUCUGAAGUCAGGCACAAGGUGGAGCAGCAAGGCACUCAGCUGGAGACGCUUCAGCAGAGGAACCUGCUGCUGCAGGAGGAAAACAACGUCUUGAAGGAGAAAGUGUACAACUUCGAGAGGAGGCUGGAGGGCUUGAAGGCAGAAAACAGAGAGAUGUCUCAAUCUCUCGCUUCGAAGGAAGCCAGUAUCCACAGCAUCCAGCAGCAGCUGGAGGAGAAGAGUCACGAGUGCAGCGUCCUGUCCAGACAACUGCAGCAAACUCUGGACGACGUACAGAAACAGGUAGACGACAGCAUGCAGAGGGUUUUAGCCAAAGAGAGAUCGUCUCAGUCUAAAGCCCUGGACCUCCAGAGCCAGCUGAGCCGAGCCAAAACGGAGCUGAGCCAACUGCAGCGAAACAAGGAGGAAAUGGAGCGGCGCUUCCAGAGCCAGCUGCAGAACAUGAAGGACCGGCUGGAGCAGUCGGACUCGACAAACCGCAGCCUGCAGAACUACGUCCAUUUUCUCAAAACCUCCUACGGAAAUGUGUUUGGUGACUCUCUGCUUGGAAGCUGACAAGCAAAAUUUAUCCAGCCUGACCAGCAGUGAUCCUCCCGAACUAUCGUACGGGACAUAAACCGCAUUUAUUAAAGGUCUGCUUUUGACUUGAA